AUGGCUUCUUCGUCUUCGUCCUCCCCCCGUGGUGGUUCACCACCACCACUACCAGCACCCCGCCUCCCUUACCCCACCAAUCUCCCUACCUUGAGAGGGCAUCGUCGUCGCUCCACCCGACUCACAGCUCCGUCCACCUCAUCAGGCUACACCACUGCGUUUCUUCGCUCCCCGGUCGGUUCUCGUCGCCAAUCUGUCAGUGAGCCAAGAGAGGAAGGUAAGGAGGACGAUGAAUUACUCCGCCAGUUCACCAACGCCCAGCUCGUCGAACCGAAUGAACUGAGCCAGGUCCUUCAAGACCAUCUCAACAGCCAGGCCUCUGUCAUCGAACAAGAACCUCAGCUUGACCCAGACUCAAUCUACGUCAACAUCCGCGGCUACAGUCCCUACAGCGGCAUGGCCUCCCCAAACGCGUUCCCAUCCCUCGACACCUCCCUUCCUCCCGCUGGCAACCGCGUGUCGGCCGCCUCACCUACCGGCCCUUCCUCUAUCAACGGCAGCAAUGGCAUCAACGGCCCUGGUUCGGGUGCGGCAGCGGCUGCAGGAUACAUGCCUCCUCUACCGGUCGGCCAUCAGCAAGACCUAAAUCAUCUCUUCAACCAAAUCCAAGAGUUGGGAGCGCUUUUGAGAAGCAACCGCGAAAAAGUCAACUCCAUUACACGUAAUGCUGAGGAGGUCGCGAAACGCGCAAAUGGAGCACUUACAGAUGAUGAACCAGCCCACCCAGACAAUGACAAAGCACGUAUCCGCGAACUGGAACUCGAACUCGCAAAGCAGAAACAGCUCGUUGAGCUAUACAAGCACGAGCAGAAAGAGAACACCAGCUUGAUCGCCAUGUACGAAGAAGCAAUGGGGACAGCUGUCGAACAGAUCCGAAACUACUGCGGCGACAUCGAGGGACGAUUCCUAAGACAACGCAAACAUUACAACGACCUCUUGCAGCAGGAGAAGGAUGACCACUUGCAGUCGCGACUGGAUAGAGAUCACUGGUAUGCGCAAACCCUCAAGGUGUGUGAGAUGAUUAGGACAGCACAUCGAUUGAGGACCGAUGAGUGGUGCGAAGAAUACACCAUCGUUGCAGCAUUGCAGGGGGAAGUGAGAUGCUUGAGGCGAUGCUUGGGGAUGGAGGCAGAGAAGCCAGAGGAGGAGACUGGCUGGCCAUACUUGAAGGACUUGCCUUUGCCUGAGUAGGCGUGAAUUGAACGAAUGACGAAACCGCAUUGCAUUGGGAGCUGGCGCUAACGGGAAUAAGGCGAACGGGAAAUUGCAUUGCUGGCGCAAAUCAGAGGCAUCACAAGUUGAUGCAUUGGCGUCGUCGUAGAGACGACCAGAAAUAACAUUGAACCAUCCAACGUCCUCUUCCGUUCACAUCUCCCCUUCACAUCACUGGCUACGCCGUCAAUCAUGGAUUCAUUCUCUCGUGGUGUCCUUGAGGCAGUGGUAAACAACCCGAGGCCACUGGAGGCAAGGCCGGAAGAGGGUCGGUGGGAGGAGGUCCUGACGACGGGGUCCAGGGACGGACUAGACAAGGCAUGCUCUUCUGCCGCUGGAGUACAGACUGGCCGGGUGUCCCUGCUACUCUCAGCGGGGGUCGGUGGCUGAAUUCCCCUCCAGUAGAAGGGAUUUGUGGAGCUUGAAGCUCUUCAGUCGGGCCUGGAGCGAGGCUCGUGCCUAAGGAUAGGACCUUGCCAUUUCUCCUCGGGUCUCGCGACGG